AUGAGCCUCACUCCUCUGCCGUCCCCGCUGCGACCUCAUUGUCUGGCGCGAGAACGUCUCCACUCAUGGCGGCCCCCAUCCUCGCGACGGCCGCUCGAUGCGCAUGGUGCCCCCGUCUCACUCAGUGCUGAAGACAUCGCUCGUAUCGAAGCCGUCACAGCCUUCGCCUGGUCAGAAAACACAGCCGAGAGCUAUGGUUCGGGUUUGCUAGUUUUUCACGUCUUCUACGACACGAAAGACAUUCCCGAGAGCAAGCAUGCCCCUGCUAGCUCUAUCCUCAUGGCUUCCUUCAUCGCAACUCUUGCCGGGGCAUAUGCGGGCAAGACCAUCGGAAAUUACGUCGCAGGUGUUCGCGCAUGGCAUCUCCUGCACGGUCUUCCUUGGAUCAUGGAGAAGAACGAGAUGGAUGUCCUUCUCAAAUCUGCAGACAUCCUCACUCUGAGUUCAUCGAAACGCAUCCCACGUGAGCCUUUUACCAUCGAAAUCCUCGCCCACAUUCACGGCAAACUCUCCCUCUCUGAGCCUCUCGAUGCUGCGGUGUGGGCCUGUCUCACAACCGCCUUCUAUGCAGUCGCCAGGGUGGGUGAGGUAACAGUUCAGAAUCUCACCGCGUUCGAUCCCGCUUUACACGUCAAACGUUCAGACAUCCGCGUGGCCAGAGAUCGAAAUGGGUUUGAAGAAACCGUCUUCCACCUCCCCGUGACCAAGGCGGCCCCACACGGUGAAGACAUUUUCUGGGCCAGGCAAAACGGUCUCACAGACCUGGCGCAGGCGCUCGAAAAUCAUUUCGCCAUCAACCGCCUUCCGGCCGAUGCUCCCCUCUUCACUUACCGGCACGGACCGUCGUCGCACCCACUCACGCGGCAGAUUUUCCUCCAACAUGUCAGCAGGGCAAGCAAGGACCUCUCGCACAACCUUCACGGCCACAGCAUUCGCAUAGGUGGUACUCUCGAGUACUUACUGCGAGGUAUCGCAUUUGAAGUGGUAAAGUCGAAAGGGCGUUGGCAGAGCAACACCUUCACCCUAUACCUGCGCAAACAUGCGCAAGUAAUGGCGCCCUACAUGCAGGCUGUCCUCGCGAUCCAUGAAGCCUUGGUGCGCUACUCCAUGCCUCCUGUGCGCUAG